AUGUCCACGGAACAACUGCUGGUGGAUGGGAAUUUGUUCAACACUUAUUUACAAAACUUUUUUAUUCCAGGACAAGAUUUAGGAGCAUUCCUUUCAAUUUAUUAUAAAGGAAAACAAGUUGUUGAUCUAUGGGAUGGUUGGUUUGAUGAAUCGAAAGCUAAGCCUUACGGCAGUGAUACAUUACAAAUUCCUUUUUCAACAACAAAAGGUUUGGUAGCAGCGGUUGUUGCAUUAUGUGUUCAAAGAGGUGCAACCGCUAUUUCUGAGUUAGCCAUAUUCAAUGAUAAUCGAUAUCAUCAAGCAGAGAUUCCUGGUGUCAAUGGAAUAACAAAUGCUCGAUCUGUUGCACGUCUAUAUGCAUCUUUAAUCGAUGAUCUCGACAAUGGCAAGCAGAAACGAUUGUUGAAUGAAGAAAUAAUGAAAAAAGCAACAACAUCGAAUACACCUGACAAUGAAAUUGAUCGUAUCCGAGGAUAUUCAAAUUCAUUUGCCAUGGGUUUUCAAACGUCCGAUGAUGAUCUAAAAAUAUUUGCAUCAGGUACAUUUGGUCACGAAGGAGCCGGUGGUAGUAUUGUUUUUGCUGCUCCUGAUAAAAGUCUUGCAUUUGCUUAUACAGUGAACCAAUAUGGUGUGAAGAAGAAUCGACAAGAAAUAAGUCCUCGAACACAAGCCAUCAUCAAACAUAUAGCAUGA